AUGAAGACAGCAGAGCUGGUGUUUAUCCCCUUUCCUGCUAUGGGGCAUGUGGUACCAGCAGUGGAAACAGCUAAGCUUCUUGUUGAAUUUGACAACCGGGUUUCUACCACUGUUCUUCUAAUGAAGCCAGCUAUUGACUCAAGUACCAUCAAGUACUCCGAGUCACUUGCUGCUUCAACUCUGCCUGAUCGUAUGCGGUUCGUUCACUUGCCUUCUCUUGAGCUAAAAUCAAGAACAGGUAUUUGGCUAGAUUUUUUGAUCGAGGGCCAGAAACCCCAUGUCAAAGAAUUUGUUUCGAAGAUUGUAUCGCAGUCCGAGCUGAGCCAUGACUCGCCAAGACUUGCUGGAUUUGUUUUUGAUGCGUUUUGCGCAGGAAUGAAGGAUUUGGCGGAUGAAUUUGGUGUUCCCUGGUAUGUUUUCUCUUCCUCAGGUGCGGCGUUUCUUGGUUGCCUGUUAUAUUUACAGGUUCUUCAUGAUGAGCAGAACGUGGACCUAACUGAGUUCAAAAACUCAGAUGCCAAGUUGGAAAUUUCGAGUUUGGUGAACCCACUUCCUGCUAGGCUUCUGCCUUCUAUGGCGUUUAUGAAAGACGGGGUCCCUGUUUUAGCUGGCACUGCAAGAGGGUUGAGGGAAGCUAGGGGUAUUUUGGUAAAUACGCUUAUAGAGUUGGAAUCCCAUGCUGUUAGCUCCCUUUCCAACAUCGGUAUUUCACCAUUGUUUCCAAUAGGACCCAUUGUGAAAUGUGAAGGAGAUGACUAUGGUGUGGGGUCAGAUCAUCAGAUCAAUGGCUAUAAAGACAUCAUGGAAUGGCUUGAUGAUCAACCUCCAUUGUCAGUAGUGUUCUUAUGCUUCGGAAGUUUGGGAAGUUUUAGUGUGGAUCAGGUAAAAGAAAUCGCGUUUGCACUAGAACAAAGUGGGAAACGAUUUUUAUGGUCCUUACAAAAACCUUCACCAAUGGGUAGCAUCGAAUCUCCAAUUGAUUUUGGAGAGAUUUUACCUGAAGGAUUUUUAGAUCGAAUAAUUAAUGUUGGAAAGGUGAUUGGAUGGGCUCCCCAAGCUCGUAUCCUAGCCCAUCGAGCUAUUGGAGGAUUUGUUUCACAUUGCGGAUGGAAUUCUAUACUAGAAAGCAUGUAUUUUGGUGUUCCAAUUGCCGGUUGGCCAAUAUAUAAUGAGCAAAAAUUUAAUGCUUUUCAAAUAGUGAUUGAGUUGGGAUUAGCAAUGGAGAUUACAACAGAUUACAUUAAGCAUUCUAAGAGUGACAAUGAAGUGAUUGUGAAUGCUGAUGAUAUAACGAAAGGAAUAAAUGAUCUGAUGAAGCAGGAGAGUGAAGUAAGAAGAAGUGUGAAAAAGAUGAGUGAAACAAGUAAGAAAGCCUUGAUGGAUGGUGGAUCUUCGUACUCUUCAUUAGGUUGUCUAAUUGCAGAUGUUAUGGGCAGCAAAUCCAUGAAGUAA